CAAUAGAGCCCAUUGCUGAGAACAGUUUUGUACCUCUCUCCAACUGGCACAUUCAAGGAAAGGGGAAAAAAAAGCUUGAAGCCAGCUGUGGGAAACUCCGAAGCCAGGAGGCCAUCUUAGCCCUGUAGAGAAGCAGUGAGCUACUAUGUGCACAGGGAAGUGUUCAAAGUGCAUUGGGAUCACCCUGUUCCCACUGGCGACAUGUGCUAUAGUCUCCAAUCUUCUCCUGUACUUCCCCAGCGGACAAGUUCUGCAGAUAAGCGAGAUAACUGACCUGGUCUGGUUUUUCCAUGGCAUUGUGGGAGCUGGGAUACUGGUUAUGUUGCCGGCAUUUAUGAUGCUGGGAGCGGGCGGAGCAGGAUGUUGCGCUAACAGAUGCAGGAUGCUGCUGUCAGUGAUUCUGGCUGUGCUGGGAUUCGCGGGAGGAGUGUACUGUGUGGUCGUCUCCUCACUGGGGCUGAUUGGUGGACCUCUGUGCAACACGGGUGAUGGAGAGUACAUUUACCCUUUCAGGAAUGACACUCUGGAAGACAAUUAUUUGUUUAAUCAGACAACAUGGAGCACCUGCAAAGAACCUGAAAACAUCGUCCUUUGGAAUAUUGUCCUUUUCUCUAUUCUCCUGGCAAUCGGUGUGAUAGAAGCUGUCCUUUGUUUUAUUCAAGUCAUCAAUGGACUUAUUGGCUUCAUAUGUGGCACAUGUAUGAGAAAACGAAAGACAAAUAUCUCUGGAAUGUGACUGACUUACAAGACAAGCCCCAAGCUGCCGAUUCGCAUACAAUAAGGAUCAUGCAUUGUGCUGUAUGUAUGAGGGAGAGGAAAAAGAAACCCCAAAAUGUUCAGGAUUUUCAGGGGAGUAAAAUGGAUUAUUUUAUAAAGAGAUCAGGGUGGAAAAGGGUUAGAUUAUUUAGGAUCUGAGAUUCCAAAUGUUCUUCUAUCUAAAUACUCUUGCUAAAUCCCUGGUACAGAAAAAACACUAAUCUGUGCAGCCCCAAGCACCCUGCUUGGGCAUAAAACACAAUUCUCAGCUAGAAGUUCACUACUUGUCCUGUGGUGCGUAUGGGAAAUUGAACCACUGUUAAUACAUGCAUUUAUCAGCUGCACUAAACCGGCGGUCUCUGGCUGGAUGUAAAUAGCUUCUGGUUCCCCCAAAAUCUAGGCUUGAUCUCACCUGCGUGUUCCCAUUAACUUGCUACCUGGGCACUCCCAGAGUUAAAUUAGGACCUGCAAAGAAUAUACUGAGUGGCAUUUGUGACACUGCAGGGACAACUGAAGGAAAGAGUUUUCCACCUUCCUUAGUCACCCUCGAGCCAAACCCCCUUGUGCUUAUUCUGUAGCUUGCUGUCAUAUUUGACAGAGUCUAAUGCACAUCCAAAUCAGUUUUCCAGGAGCAUCUGGUAGACGUGGUAUCUGUGGAGGUGCAUUUGGGUGAACACGGAAAGUAGGCUUUUGAACAAGAGUUUAACAAUGCCGAGUUUAACAAUGCCAAAUUUAACAAAAAGGAGGAGAACCUCACCACGGUUUUGCCCUCAUAGCUUUGCCGCUGCAUAGGAGUCUCACUAGUAUCUGUGAAGAUCUAUGUGGCUGUCCUAGAACAGAUCGCAUGGACAAGUAGUUAACCCAUAAAGAUAAACAUUAAAUCAGUAAAGGUAAUAAUUAUGUGCAGCUUAGUAACAAAUAAGAGAUAUAAUCUGAAAGGAGACAAAUUACAUCAAUCUUAGUGUUACAGCAAACAGUAAUCCCACAAGGAACUGCGUAAUUUGCCAUCAUCGCUCAAGAUCAAGCCCUUGAUGCUGAAAUCCAUGACUGGCAAAUUUCAGAAAUUCCAUCAUUUCAGUGGCUUCCACAAAGACUAAUUCUAAGACAUGCCACUGACUUCUCUGAGUCAGCCAAACUGUGAGAUAACUUUUAUCCAUCCUAAAUACAGGUAUGCAGCUGUGAAAAUCUGAAUUUAUGUUAAGUACUUAGAGUCUAUUUUUCAAAAAGAGGCAUUUAUAUUUUCUCAGUCAAAAGUUGUUCAUAUUUCCAGAUUACAGCAUAGGAGCAAGUUAUCUGAACACAUUCAGCAUUUACAGGCAGACGUAGCUGUUUGUGCUGCCCUCUCCUGCAGCGUACAAAGUCCUUUGUACAAACUGGUGCAGGAAAUGCCAGUCGUGCGAAGGUGAGUUGCACAUGUGUGCUUCCUUGGUGCACUGUUUCACCACUAGAAGCAGGAAAUUUGACCCAUAAAACUUAAACGUACAUUCCGUAAAGAAAGCGUAAGAGAAUGCACAUGCUGGCUGAAGUUUGAAAGCAUAACUAGGUGCAUCCAAACCCACUAGAUGGCUUAGAAAGCUAAAGCUCAUUUUAAGCCGUGAAGCCUGAACAAAGAGGACAUCAAAAGAAAGCCGACUAAUUCAACCAGGAAAAGAGUCAGGAAUGUAGCUAGAAGUACUGAUACUCAGCAUGUAGUCAGUCCACCAUCAGAAGAGGAGCUCUGUAAGCUCUUCCCUCAAUAUCAGCUCUCGCAUCUCUGUGAUGAAGCCGGUUUGCAGUGCCAGCACUGGAAGAGGGGGAGAUACCCACUGACAUGUUCCACCUCAAGCGAGGAAAACUAAACGUAUGGCUGUAUUGCUGCCAUACGCAUCCUCCAAGUUGUCCUGCCCUAGGGACUUUUAGUGUCAUGUC